UCCGAUCAAGCAGAUCAGAUCGUCAUGAAGGUCUUCGUGGUUCUUGCCGUCAUCCUGGCCGUUUCCGCCGCCGCUCCCCAAUUCGGUGGCGGCAAUGCCAACGCGAAUGCUAACGCCAACGCCGAAUCCGAAGGUCAGGGUGGAUUCGGUGGUCGACCAGGUUUCGGUGGUCCAGGCGGUUUCGGUGGUGAAGGCGGUUUCGGUGGACAAGGCGGUUUUGGAGGCGGAUUCGAAGGCCAACGUGAAGGUGGCUUUGGAAACAAGCGACCAGGCGGUUUCGGAGGACCUGGCGGUUUCGGCGGACCAGGAGGACCGGGCGGUUUCGGAGGAAAUGGCGGUUUCGGAGGACAGGGCGGUUUCGGAGGACCAGGAGGCUUCGGCGGUGGCGGUAAUGCCAAUGCCGAUGCUAAUGCCAACGCCAACGCCGAGGGCAACGGAUUCGGAGGAUUCGGCGGAAAUGCUAACGCUAAUGCCAACGCCAAUGCCAACGCCGAGGGCAACGGAUUCGGUCCAGGAUUCGGAGGCGGUAACGCCAAUGCCAACGCUAACGCCAACGCCAGCAGCCGCGGCGGAUCUGCCAAUGCCAACGCAAAUGCCGUUGCCAGCGCCGUCGGCAAAUAAGCAGUUGCGAAUACGAUCCGAAUUUCUCCACUGAUUAGUUUUUUAAUAUUUAUAAAAAAUAAAAAUUAAAAAAAAAAACAGA